AUGGCCAUUACCAUAAGCACACCACUGCUAAUGUCAACAAUCUUGUUUAUACUCACUUGUAUUCCAAUCCCAUCAUUCUCUUGUCCUUCCCAUCAAAAACAAGCACUUCUUCACUUCAAAUCCACCCUCACCACCACCAUCAGUUCUAGUUCUUAUCACAUGGUACAACUAAAAUCAUGGAAUCCUACUUCCGAUUGUUGCUCUUGGGAGCGUGUUAAUUGCACCGAAACCAAAACUAUCACAGAGCUCCACCUGGAUGGCUUAGUUGUUCCUCUUCCUGAUAUCGACCCGGCUCCUGUAUUUUCGGAUAUAUUGGCUCCCCUUUUUCAUAUCAGGUCACUUAAAUUACUUGAUAUCUCCAACAAUUCUUUGCAUGACAAAAUCCCUGGUGAUGGGUUUGUGAAUCUCACCGAACUAGUUCACCUUGACAUGAAAGACAACUGGUUCAACGGCUCCAUCCCCCGCCAACUUUUUGGGUUGACGAAUUUACACUAUUUGGACAUGAGCAACAAUAUGCUGGAGGGGGGAACUAGGACCAGAGUUCGGGUCUUUUCAGAACUUAACUACACUGAGGGGGGUUUAAGUGUUGAAGUUGGAAAACUUCUAAAUCUUGAAUCACUUAUCUUGAGUGCCAAUUUUCUUUCGGGAAAAUUACCACAAGAGAUUGGAAAAUUAACUAGGUUAAGAGAAUUAUUAUUGCAAAAUAAUCAAUUCUCAAGUGGAGUCCCAUCUUCAACUGCAAACUUCAAGAAUCUAGAAACACUAGAUUUGUCUCAAAAUUCUUUUUCGAUGCAAAUUCCGGCUUCCAUAGGGACAUUACCCAACAUUACUGCAGUUGAUCUCAGUAACAACAAAUUCACAGAUUUGUCCUACAACAAUUUCUCUGGUAAUAUCCCAAUAAAUUUUCCUAAAGGAAUCCGGCAUCUUUAUUUAUGUGGGAAUAAGUUUUCUGGAAACUUGCCUUGGAAUUUGACUAGAUUGGUCGACCUACGAGUUCUUGAUAUCCAUGGAAACAAUAUUACCGGAAAAUUACAGGAUACCCUCCCUCAAAACCAAGCUCUUGAAGCUCUUAUCCUAAGAAAUAAUUCUCUUGAAGGAUACAUCCCAAGCAACAUCUACAACCUCACGUCUCUUAGAAUACUUGAUCUCUCAUGGAACAACCUAACUGGAAGUCUUCCACAGGAGAUGGCAAACCUUCCAAUAAUGAUGGAAACUCAUCAGAUUCCUACACUCUUUCCCACUUCACAUUCCAUUUUGGCUAUAGAUAGAGAUUUUACCUAUAGGGACUUAGUUGUAACUUGGAAGAAAUCUUUUCAAGGCCUAGCAUUCCGUAACUUUGAUACCUACACUUUGUUGGACGUAUCACACAACAAAAUAUCUGGUGAAAUUCCGUCAUCGUUGGGCAGUCUCAAAGCCUUAAAAUUGUUCAACAUUUCACACAAUAGGAUUUCGGGGCAUAUUCCAGUGUCUUUCGGUGAUCUACAGAACAUAGAAAGCUUGGAUUUGUCACACAAUGAAAUCUCAGGUUCGAUUCCUCAAUCACUAGUGAAGCUCAAGCAAGUCUCAGUUUUAGAUUUGAGCAACAACAGGCUAACUGGUAAGAUUCCUGUUGGUUCGCAAAUGGACACUAUGACUGAAUUUGGAAACAACCCCGGAUUAUGUGGUAUGCAGAUUGGAGUCACGUGUCCUGAGGAUAUCCGACCGUCAAAAGAAAAAGAAAAAGAUGAUGGAGACGGGAAAAAUUCGUGGUUUUUAUGGGAGGGAACUUGGGUUGGUUUCCCAUUUGGGUUCUUCUCAUCAAUCGUGAUCAUGGGCUAUUUUUUGGAUUUUCUUAGGCUCUUCAAAUUGUGGUGAAAACCUUCAC